AUGAUAGCGUCGGGUGUUGCCGUUGAGCUUCUGUCCUCCGUACUGCAGUACUCCAAUCCAUUGCGUGCCCCAGCAAAUAUUGGUGAACCAGACGAUUCAACUUCCUUGCUGGGCGCAACCCCGCAUCAAAUGACUCCCUGUGUGCGGCGUUUUGAGAAAUGUGUCGCUUGUGGGAACACAGUGGCUGAAGAGUAUGCCAAUAGAGGCGCAGAUUUCGUUAAAGAGGUGAUGAACUGUCCGUCAUAUUUGGAAAAGCUGACGGGGUUGGAUCGGCUCCAGGCUUCAAUUAACGAAGUGCAGAUCGAGUUCAGUGACGACAGUGACUCGCUCAUUUCUGUUUAG